AUGUUUGAUAUGAUGGUUUGGAAAGAGGUGAAGGCUUUGUCAGAAAAGUCAGGUGCUCCUCUUUUUGCAGAUGAUAUUCUAUAUCGUUUCCCUGGACUGAAAGGCGGAAGAUUCUGGAAGGAGGAGCAUGAUUUGUCACUAUUGCGUGCAGUAUUGAAGCAUGGAUAUGGAAGAUGGCAAGCAAUUGUUGAUGACAAGGACUUGAGGGUCUUGGAGAUCAUUUGUCAAGAGCUGAAUCUGCCUUUUGUCAAUCUUCCUGUCCCAGGAGCUUCUCAAGCACAAGUUCCAGCUCCUGGAGGUCCUCAAGCACAAGUUACUGCUUCAGGUAGUUCUCAAGCACAAGAGAGUGAAAAUGUAGUUAGUGCGGAAGUACCUGGAAAUCAGUCCAAAGUGACAGGUGAAGGGAAUGAUUUAGGAGCAGAUGUUGCACAGGGAACUACUGAUUCUGCAAACCGAGCACAGUUAUACCAAGAUCCUUCUACAUUGUACCAUUUUAGGGAGAUGCAGAGAAGACAGGUUGAGUUUAUCAAGAAAAGGGUGCUUCUUUUGGAGAAAGCACUCAAUGCAGAAUACCAGAAAGAAUUCUUUGUGAGUUCUUUACUUUGGAUUUGUUACGUCACAUGUUGA